UCUAACGGAGCUGCUUUCACUAGACAGUGCGAUCAGUGCCAGCCAAACGGGCGACAAAGCGGGCCAAAUCAGUGGAAUACAGUGGAUAAGCGGCAGAGACUCCUUGCAAAAUGAAAGUGCUCAUACUUCUUGCGCUGUUGGCCAUUUCCUGCCAAGGACAACACCACCAUCAGCACCAGCACCAAAAUGUGAACAACAUUCCACGCGAUGACAAGCCAGAUCAUCAUCGCCAUGAAGAUCUCAGAGAGACCAGCACCUGGAUACCCAUAAUCAAGUACAAUAAGGAGCAGAGUGACGAUGGAAGCUACAAGACGGAAUACGAGACGGGCAAUAGCAUCAUUCAUGAGGAAACCGGUUUCCUCAAGGACUUCGACACUAAUCCAAAUGGAGUGCUGGUCCAGCAUGGCCAGUACUCUUACCAAUCUCCGGAGGGAACUCUCGUGAAUGUGCAGUACACGGCAGACGAGAAUGGAUUCAGGGCCACUGGCGAUCACAUUCCUACUCCGCCGGCCAUUCCCGAGGAGAUACAGAAGGGAUUGGACCAGAUCUACGCCGGCAUUAAGCUGCAGCAGGAGCGUCUGGAGCAGAGGGCCAAGUCAGAUCCAGACUUUGCGAGAAAACUGGAGGAGCGACGCGUGGCCAACCAGAAUGGCCAGUACAUCGGUCUGCUGGAGAACCAAUAGAGCCAAUAGAUCCGCCCAAUAGAACCGCAUUCCAUUCCCCCACCGAACCGAUGAUCCUGGAAACGUGACUCCUUCGCAUUCUAUAUCAACAACAACAAGACUGUGAUUUCACUCUGCAAGCUCUUCCAAAUCGCAUUACCACUCUGAAUGAUAAUCGUUUAAUAACUCUUAAAUUUCCCACUAAGUACCAUAAAACCAACAGACAGGGGCGCUCAAUCAAAUUAAUAAUAUUUUAUUAACGAGUGUGAAAGUUUCGCUGCUUUGAAACAAUAAAAGAAAACUAACGUUUCCAUUAUGCCGAACCGA